GAUCUAAUUUCGAUUUAGAUUCUUACAAAAAAUUAUGUCUCAAAAAAAUUCCAGCACAACUACAAAAGAAACUAGUAUUAUUCCUAUUGUUCAUGCUGAAGCUCCAGUUGAAGAACCUGAGAAUACUGAGGAAACACCCGAAGAACCCGAAGAUCCAAAACCAAAGAUUGUAGAAGAAUGUGGUGAAACUUCUGCUUGCAAACCCUUAAAACAUCACCUUGAAGAAUGCACUCGUCGUGUUGAAGAAAGCGGAACUGGCGAAAAUUGCGCCGAAGAAUUUUUACAUUUUAUGCAUUGUGUAGACCAUUGCGCUGCGCCAAAAAUUUUUGCGUGCUGAACCGACAUUAAUUUCAUAGAAUUAAAAUUAAACCAAGAUCUGCAAACCAAAAUGAGAUUCGAAAUUAUUGUUACACGCUUUUUUCUCAUUUUACAUUGUUGAGGUAUUUACUGUAUUUACUUCAAAGAGAUAUCAUAAUGCAAUAAAUAUAUUUAACAAAGAAAUAACAAACAACGUUUCACCAAUUAAAACGUAGUUUCAAAACAAAUGACUUAUGAGAAUGUCGCGCCAUAUUUAUUUGAUCUUAAAUUAUCUUGUGGUAAAUUGUUUAAAUUGGAAAUAAUGUUAUUAAAUACAUUCACAUUCUCAAUAAACCAAAUUGACUUAUAAAUUAUAAAUCAAUUUUUUAAUUUAAUUUUUUGAGGGGGAUACAAAUAAUUAAAAUAUUAGUAAUGUUAAUAAAUUUUGAUUGAAAGUUAAAUGUUUAUAAAUUAAUUGGUCGCGCCUGUAAAAUUCUAUUUAAAUGUUGCAAUUUUUCCUGAAUCAUAAAAUAAA